CAUUUCAUUUUCAUUCAUUUACGUAUCAAUUAUCGUUUGAUUGGAACCAUUUUCUCUGACCCUUUCUUUCAACAAAACAAAACAAAACGUUUUCGCCGUCAUAACACUAUUUCUUUCCAAUUCCAAUCCAAGAAUACCUGAGUUUAUCCAUUUGCCUCGUUUUGAUUCCCAUUUUUCCCACCAAUUUUUGUUUCUUUGAUUUUGGGAUGAUGAGAACAAGACAGGAAGAUGAGCAAUCUAGGGCUUUGUGCGAGCUUUCGGCUCUCGUUCUCAACCUCAUUCGAUCCCCUACGACGCCGUUAACUUUCUCCGAUCAUACUCCGGCGCCGCCGUCACGGCGUCCGAUGCCUCAGAUCUCGCCGGCGGGGUUUGCAUCCUUGCUUCUCGGAAUCUCGGUGGCUUUGAUGCUCUGUGGAUCGGUUACGUUCUUCAUUGGAUUCAUGUUGAUGCCGUGGGUUCUCGGAUUAGUCAUGGUCUUCUACGUCGCCGGAAUCCUCUCAAGUCUCUCCGACCUUGGUCGUUCCAUUCUCUGUUAUGCCACGCCGCCGCGUAAGGAUAUUCCUGCGUGGAAGCUUUUGUGAAGUGACAAAUGGUGAAUGAAAUUGAGGAGAAUGGUGUUGCGUUUUGUGUUGCCUCAUGCAACCUAUUAAACAUUAAAGAUUACGGAGCUUCUCCUCUUAUUAUAGAUGCAGGAAUCGUGGAAACUGGAUUUGAAGUUAAUAGACCUUGUGGCUAUGGAUUCUCUGUGCACUAGAGAUAGCCAAGUAAAAUUGAACUGCCCUAGGUAUUGAGGGGUUGUUCCCGGAUUCCUUCUUCCGUUAUCUGUCAUUUUAUUAAACUUUAUUGGCACUUCCAUAAUAUCUUAAUCUUAGGCUUUUGAAUUUCCUUUUCCUCAGUUCUAAACAUAUGCCAUAUUCUAUAGAAAGAGAAGGAAAAUAUGAUUUGACUCGUGGGAACAGGGGUUGUACGGGAUUAAGAAGAAUAUUUGGAAUCGGAUGGUUGCUAUGUCUAUAGCAGCUGAAAUUGUUUAUUUGCGUAUAUUACAGCUAUCAGAGGGUUGUUGAUGUGGAUCAAUGUCAGUUCUUAUGUUAUAUUUUCCAGAUCUUUAAGGCUUUGUGCGCUGAUCCGGGACGAUGGAUUAGUCUCAUGGUUAUCGGUUGUGGGGAUAUCUGGAUGUAAUACAAAAAAAAAAAAAAAAAAAAGGAGUAAUGGAGUAAUGUCGCGCUUGAUCUAUAAAAAAAUUUCUUGUACAAAAUACA